CACAGCCCUGUUCAUUUUCAGGCCGGGUAGGACCCCAGCAACAACAGUGCUAUCGGUUCAACCUAUGAAGAUUGGGCUUUACAAUCGCAAUCCAUCCUUUGAUUAGACAGCAUUCUGUGGAAAUAUAUCACUGUCACUGACCAGAAGAUACUCUAAGUCUUUGAAUCGAAUCUGAAGGCACUGGGAAGAGGCGCAAAGAAAAAUUUCCAUACUCGAUGACAUUACAUCGCAAUGUCCGAUCGUUUGGGGCAAAUAACCAAGUCCAAGGAUGGGAAAAGCAAGUAUUCCUCACUCAGCCUAUUUGACAAGUACAAGGGAAAAUCAAUAGAAACUCAGAAAAACACAGUAGUUCCGCGACAUGGCUUACAGAGUCUUGGAAAAGUGGCCACAGCCCGGCGCAUGCCCCCACCUGCUCACCUGCCGAGCUUGAAGUCUGAAAACAAAGGAAACGAUCCCAACGUGAUUAUUGUGCCUAAAGACGGUACAGGAUGGGCGAACAAGCAGGAACAACCCGAUCAAAAGAGUUCUAUUGCAUCAAUACCACAGCUGCCGGAGUUGCAGCCGCAGCUGGCUUUACAGAAAUCUGUCUCCAAUCUUCAGAAGCCCUCACCGGUAGCCAACCAGGAGAACACAAACACAGGUGGACCAAAGCAAUGGGCCCAGCUAAAUGGAAAGGCAGUAGAGCAAGAUGGUUCAAGGGCCUCAAACCGACUUCAGCCCUUCUCUCACGAGGAAUUUCCCGCGCUGAAGGCAGCUGGAGAACAGGACAGGGCUGGCAAGGAAAGAAGCGGCUUCGAUCCGUCGUAUGGGCCCGGACCAAGCCUCCGCCCCCAGAAUGUGACGAGCUGGAGGGAAGGUGGUGGCAGGAACCUUCAGCCCUCGUCCCUGACCCUCGGCCUGCCAGCAGAUCCUGAGGGUAAGAUCACUGCCCUGGGUGAGAGCGGCACCCCUCCAGCCUCUUCUCACCCUCCCUCCGCCACCGGUACAACCUCCUCUAGCGUAGUGACGGCUCAGUCUCCGGUCCUUGACCCCAAGGAGCCUUCCCUGCGACCCGCCCAGCCUGUCCGCAGAACAACCGUCCCCACUGCCCUGCAGUACCAGCUUCACCACACCUCCACUGCUGUCUACCAUGACAUGUUGCCUGCUUUUAUGUGUUCCAAAGAGACACGCGAAGCCCCAGGUACAGAAAAUGUUCCUACCACAGUCGCAGCCCCCGCCCGAUUUGACAGCAAACCCACUUUUAGACAGAGCUACACCAAACCUGAACUAGUCAAUGGUGAUGUAAAAAGAGAGAACCGCUUUGUCCGUGCUCCACCUCGACUUUCUUCUCAGCCUAUUCGCAGGCCUGGUGACAGACCGCAGCGCCCAGCCAUCAUCAAUCCAGAGGACUUGAAGGAUCUGGAUGAUCUUGACAAUGACUGUGAGGAUGGAUGGGCUGGACUCCAUGAGGAGGUUGAUUAUAGCGAGAAGCUCAAGUUUAGUGAUGAUGAAGAAGAACACUCCAGUGAUAAAAGCAAGAUGUGGACUGAAUGGGAGAGGGAGAGAGAGAACUGCCAGUCCUCCCUGAGUUCAGGUGAGGCGUCUUACCCCCAGGAGGGCCCCGAGGAGAGUUAUUCUUACCAACAUCACCACCACGAACCUCCCAGGAAGACCAACGGCAGAUAUCUCUCUACGGAUACCUUGGCACAGCAGAAAAAUCAAGGUGAGCCACCAGCUGACCAGGGCGAUCACCAGCGCCAGACUCAGGGUCCUGCCAGGGCAAAGUACGUGUCUCCUGAGCUGUCUGAGGCUGUCGAGAGGGCCCGCAGGCGCAGGGAGGAAGAAGAGAGGCGUGCUCGGGAGGAGCGGCUGGCUGCCUGUGCUGAAAAACUGAAGAAGCUGGAUGAGAAAUUUGGAAAGACUGAAAGGCAGACGUCAAGGUCAGAGGACGGACAGAAAGAAGGAGAGGGCAAAGAUGCUCCACUUUCCCCCCACAGGGAGCCAAGUAAAGGCCAUCAUGACACCUGGCAAUACAGCACAAAGGAUGGAGGCGACUGUCCCCCUGACCACUCCCCUGGCCACAGUUACCGAGAUGAGCCCAGCUUCUCUAACUACCGUGGCAGUGAGGAUGACAGCCAGGAGCCCUCUUCCCCCUCAGGAGACUACAGCGGACGUCACCCCUCCAAACCCAUGCCACCCCGCUUCCAAAAGCAGCCACAGCACCAGCAGCAGCAGCAGCAGCAGCAGGACCAAGUGUACAAGAUGCAGCACUGGCAGCAGUCAGGUCACCCUGCCUCGUCUGGCUCAAGCCACAGCCAGCGCGGCUACUACCCACCACAUGUCCUUGGGUUUGAUCCCCGCUGGAUGAUGAUGCCACCUUUCAUGGAUCCCCGCAUGGCCCAAGGACGAUCUCCUGUGGACUACUACCCAGGUGCUGUCCACUCUUCAGCAGGAAUGAUGAAACCCAUGAUGCACCAAGACCACUUAAACAGUCCUAGUUCUGACGAGGGAUGCCAUCCCAGCCUGCAUCAGGAGAGAAGAGCCCCUUCUACUGAGCCUUACCCAAUGUGGAACCAAGAUGGUUACCCCUUACGCAGCUUUACUCCACCGUAUCAGAGACAGCACGAAAGCUCGGACAGCGGGCAGCCGGAUGACAGAAGUGAUUUGGCCGGCUCCCAGCAGGACUCAUAUGAAGACAGGGCCAGCGAGUGCCUAAACCAAGACGAUCUCCCCCAAAAUGCUUACCAGAGCAGAGGCUCGGACAGAGAGCACAGACACCGAGACCAAGGCUUACUGACCACUGCUCAAAACCUCUCCCAGAAUCAUACAGACAGUGAUUAUCCAAAACAAGACUCCAGAGACAAGCACCUAAAAGACAGCCCUGAUUCUCAUGACGAGCUCUUGGACGGCCCAAAGGAUGGCUGGAAGAGAGAUGGAGGACAGAAACAAGAUGAUAGACUCGGUAAUACUCAAAGUCAGUGGUCUGAAGCUAGCUCCAGUUCCAGCAGUAGUGUCAGCCAGCCAUCUGAGACCAGCGGGCGCACGUUGAUCCGCAGAACUGGACCAAUCAAGAAGCCAGUUCUCAAGGCUCUCAAAGUGGAAGACAAAGAGAAUGAGAAGCCGAAACCUGAGCCUGAGGAGAAGACAGUCCCUUAUCGCCUGGAGAAAGAAAUCCUUACUAAUGUUUACGACUUAAAGAAAGACAACCAGCCGGCCAGCAGCAGGCGGCCAGCCUCACCUGUAGUUGAAAAACAGCCAGAAGAGAGGCAGCGUCAGUCACCAGCUCCCACAAAAACAGAGAGGCCUCUAAGCACACACAGUGACGACUCCCCAAAGGAGAACACAUGGGACAGCGGGAAGAGCCAGUCACCCAGAGACAGCCAAGAAAACAGGGAGCCUCACGCGCCCCGUAGGAAUAACUGGAUCUUCAUCGAUGAGGAACAGGCCUUCAGUGCGGUCAGAGGAACAGGCAGAGGUCGCAGCCGAGGCUUCAGGGAAUUUAGCUCUCGAGGUGGAACCCGUGGCGGCCGAGGUGGAGACAAUCUCAGAGGAGCUUAUAACAACAACAACAACAGCAGUGGAGCUCAGCGAGCAGGCAGAGGCCGAGCAACACCUAGGGACAUCGUCAAGGUGGAGGAAUUCCAGAGGGGCAAGCCCAGAAGGCGAAAUGUCAGCGAGACCUUAAGCGAAGCCUCGGAGUAUGAGGAACUGCCCAAGAGACGCCGCCAGAAGGGAUCUGAAAAUGGAGAAGGGUACACAGAGUCUGGCGAAGUCCGUAAAGCUGACAGAGACUCCUGGAGGUCAAACAAGGUGUACACAGAUGACCAGACAAACCAAGAUUCAAGAGAUAAAGUCAAGUCCAGCAGGAACUUUGGUGGUCGCAUGCUUCCUCCCAGACUGAACACCACUGGAAGUUACAACCGAAGCUUCGGAUCCAGGGACAUUUCUACAUGGAGGGGCCGUGGACCCCAGUUUAGUGGCAGUGGUGGCGCCAUGCAAGAAAACGGUUAUGGUCCUGGAGCUGAGACUGCAUACUCCCGCAGACCUGCUGUUGAGCGAGAAGCUCUAAAAUACGCCCCUAAAUUCACUGGCUCCUUUGUGGAAAAUGGCACAGAGGACCGGGAAGGAGAAUAUUAUUUUGACAACGACAACCCCGACAGGCAGAUGUUACGAAGACGCCGUCCACCCCGCCAAGACAAACCUCCCAGAUUCAGACGACUACGACAAGAACGCGAACCCGGCUCAAACCAGUGGACGAGUGAUGAGUACAUUAACGGCGACUUUGCAAAUCCCUGGCCUAGUCGCUCCAAAGGCAGUGGGGAGGACAGCUGGCCCAGCGGGCACUACUCCGGCGGACGGUCCAGCCAGCAUGGCCAGGCUGAGGAGUGGGAGACCGGAUCCGACAACAGCGACUUUGGCGACUGGAGAGAGAAGCGUAGUGGAAGUGGAGGCGCUGCUCCACAGGGACACGGGGAUAUUCCCUCAGACUCUGGUCACAGUGAACCGGGCUCUGGUGAGAAGAGAGAGCUUUGCAAGAGGAGCUUCUCCAGCCAGAGACCGCUGGUGGAGCGGCAGAAUAGGAAAGGAGAGCCGUCUCUGCUGGAAGCCAGUAAGAUGGUACGCACGCCUGAACCACCAACAUCCACUUCUAAUAGGAGUGACACCUGGCAGAAUGGAGGGACGACUUGUAAGAGCAGAGGCCCAGAUGAGUCAGGCCCAGUCUACAGCAUAGAGCAGCCAGAGGAGAGGGAGCCUGCUGAGCCCUCUGGGAAGAAACUAGACAAAGAGCUGAAGCAAGGACCUGUCAAGACUGACAUAGUCGAACCUCUGUCUCAGUAUGAGCUCAGCAGCUACCCAAUUGAGGGAGAUUUAGGUGGACCAGUUACAACUCCUGAUGGGUACCAGGAUGCCCUAUCCAAAAAGCAAAGACGCCCCCAAGAGGAUGAGAGGAGAAGGAAGGAGCAAGUAGCUGCAGUGCCAGUGAAGAACAGGACUAUCACAUCCAAGAUACCGCCGCGCUUUGCCAAAAAGCAGGGAAGUAUGAGUCUCGAGCAACCUGAGGAGGCGAUUACUUCUAACAACCUGGGAACUGAAAUCUGGGAGACCAACAGCUCAGCUCUUUCAGUUCAGUCUUCAGGAGGAGACUCUUGGACUAAGCAAGUGUCUUACACUGGAAGUGAGCCAAACUCUGAGGACUCUGAUGCUGGCCCCGAGCAGACUAAGGAACAGCACAAACCGGGGCCCAUCGGAAACGAACGCUCCCUGAAGCACCGCAAAGGCUCAGAGGGAGUCGAUCGACUGGAAGGUGGCCCCAUCACGCCGGUGAAUGGUGUGGACCUCCACGUGGACUCUGUGCUGCCUGUGCCUCCCAUUGAAUUUGGAGUCAGUGCCAAAGACUCUGAUUUCAGCCUUCCACCUGGCUCCACCCCUGUGCCCGUGUCUAAUCCUGUCAACAAGCUACAGGACGCAUUAACCACCAAUACGGCUCUUAAUCAGAGCAUUCCCAUGCUGCGAUCCAACCACUUGCAGCCAGGCAUUAACCUCAACCCCAUUUCCUUUCCAAGUACUGACCUCACACUCAAGAUGGAAUCAGCCCGCAAAGCAUGGGAGAACUCUCAGUCCCUCCCUGAGCAGGGCUCUCCCGGUGGGGGAGCCUCUGGUGCUCAGCCUCCCUGCAGUGUCGGCUCGUCCAGCGGCGUCAGCUACAGCUCCUUUGGCGGAGUCUCCAUGCCUCAGAUGCCUGUGGCUUCAGUUGCACCCUCCAUGUCCAUGCAAGGUAAUCACAUCCCCCCGUUGUACCUGGAUGGUCAUGUCUUUCCCAGCCAACCCCGCCUCGUUCCUCCCACCAUGACCCAGCAGCAGACAUACCAACAGGCUGCUGCAGCCCAGCAGAUCCCCAUCUCCUUGCACACGUCUCUUCAGGCUCAGGCUCAGUUGGGGCUUCGUGGAGGUCUACCGGUGUCUCAGUCCCAGGAGAUGUUCAACUCUAUUCCGCCCUUUAGAUCCCAGGUCUACAUGCACCCCAACCUGUCCCAGCCCAGCCCCAUGGUGCUGUCUGGUGGAGCCCCCAUCAAAGGGCCCUACUCGGCUUUCCCCGGCAUGCAGCCCUCAGACAUGGUCAAGCAGCAGUCAGGCUCGCACUACCAGCCCAUGAACGGCAGCCAGCAGCUGGUGUACGACAGCCAGAUGAACCAGGGGCCUGGGAUAGGUUCCUCCCAGCUGAUGGACUCUCAGCUCAUUCAGGUGACCAUGCCUCUACCCGGUUCUCAGCUCCGCUACGGUUCAGCUCAACAACACCUCAUCCUCCCUCAGUCCAUCCAGCUACAGCAGGGGCAGAACCUGUCAGUAGGUGCUCCACGCCGAAUGCUGCCGCCCGGCUCCCAGCCUGCUGUAAUGACCGGCAGUAGAGAGGUGGGCUUCGCUAAUCCUGUAUCGAUUAAUCAAAAACUAUUGAUAAAAGGCUCGCAGAUGGAAAUGAAAGGUUUCCAGUUCUCUGAGAAGCCCAGUCAUUCCCCAGGCAUAUCUGGAGGGUCCUACAGGCCCGGGUCUGCCAGCCCCAGUGGAAAGCCCUCUGGUCCUGGGGGUCCUGUAGGUCCUCUGCCUACACACUUCACUCAACAGGUCCCCCCUGCUCAGGGCAGCAUGGUGAUGCACAUGCGCCCCCCCACCACCGGCCCUUUCCCCAACCCCAUCCAGAGACCCGUCAUGCAGGUCAACAAGCCUGUCAUCAUCCGCUCCCCCCCUUACCCCAACCCCGGCCGCGACCCUCCCCACUCCACCCCUCCCUCUGCCCCCGAGCCCCCUGUCAAAGGGCCAGAGGAUGGCAUGAAGAACAAAACCCUGCGUGACGUGCGCAAGGCAGUGGGUGAGAUCAAGACGCCACCCGGGGGCAUGACCAGCAAACUCCAGGAGCCCCUGCCCUCCACAGGGCAAGCCAAACCAGCACGCACUGGAGCCAUCAAACCCCAGGCUGUCAAAGUAGAGGAGAGCAAGGCAUAACAAUGGACCUUAAAAAUCCUCAUCGCCACCCAGCCUGCUGACACGACGCCCCCUGACCAACGUCUGAGUCUGCUCGGACUCGGCUCAUACCAAGGCACCAAGGCAAAGGGGGCAGCAAUGAAUUACUCCUCUUGAACUGUCAGAACUGGACACUAUUAUUUCACACCACGUAUAGAGAUAUAUAAAUAUAUAUAAAUAUAUACAUAGACACAGUCUUUUAAGCAGAUCUCUUCAAGGUCCUCUUUAAUUUAUUAUUAGUCACUUUUAAGGGGAGAUUGGUAAAGAGAGAGAAGAUAUUUCUGUUAUUUUGUGUUUCUCUACGAGGUGGGGGUAAAAGGAGAGUGGCCAACUCAGAAAGAUGGUUCAUUGUCACACCAUUUUGCCAAACUGUAUUUACUCCCUGUUUAUGGACUGUAGCCCUUAAGACCAGGCAGACACUUGAUACAAUGAGAAGAAAAGUCUGUUUAAUAUUUUUAAGCAAAUUUGAAAUGCAGUGGGGCACUUUUUUGUCAUUUUUUUCAUUGGCAUUUUUACUGGUAAAUAAAAACCCUGAGUCAUCACCCACUUCCUCCUCUUGGUAACGGACUUCUUUUAUCAACCCAGAUUGAAAAAAUCCAAUUUGUGGACAUCAUUGCAUGUCAGUGUGGUGAAAGUGCAUCACCAUUGAAAUGCACCCAGCCCGUGAACUGUGGCUUCGAUUGGUAGAAACGAUCUCUUUUCUUAAAGCUCUGUUCUUUGCUUUUACAUUCUGUCGCUCGCUCUCUUCUGUGUGUAAAUUGAAACAUUUAAAAAAAAAAAAAAGGUGGACGUUUUUACCAAAAUCAUGUUGCUUCCACGGAAACUCCACAGCGUGUGCAUGAGACCUGCUGAACGUGUGUAAACUUGGCAGCAACAUUUCACAAAAGACUGCACCUGAACUCAGCCUUCGUUGUGCUGCCGUCGACUGCCUGGACUUUCCAACAACCGAGCUGGCAACUGUUUUGUUUUUCGGGGCUCAUUGUGAAGUUAUAUACAGGGGGGAAUGGGUUAAUUCAGAGAUGCUGUAAAAGACUCCAUCCCUUACAAAAUAGCUGAUUGAAAUGUUUGCUUUCUUAUCGCUUUGUUUGGGUUGUAAUUAAUCAAAUUGUCUGUUGAUGAACAUGUGAUGUAAGUGAUGAUUUUUACGCCCCUCAGCCUGGAGAGGGGGUUUUGCUUUUUUCUUUUUAUGGCUCUUAAAAGACUUUCACUCUUACUCCGUUAAUUCCCACUAACACUACAGUGGGGAAUCAACACCAUUUGAUUAUUCUGGUCUCUGAGGUGGCACUAGCAAUAAAUGCAGCCUAACUAUAAUCACAAUCAGGGUCCAAAUAACUUUUAUUUUCUGUUAUGAGCUAAUAAUCACAAUCUGGGGGGGGGGCGUUAUAGCAUUGCUUGCUGCAUUAAAAUCCAAUCUUUGCUUAUGCUUUUUUUGUGAGCACUGCAGUUCCAGUGGUCUACGAAGGACUUUUUAAAGUGUUUGUUCUAUUUGAAAAUGUGAAGCUGUUGGAAUUCUCAUUUAUUUUGUUUGUUUUUUUUGUAACGGACACUCGUUUUGAAGCUCACAAUGCCAACGUCAUAACUGGUUAAAUGUUACUGCUUACCAUACAGCUCCAUGACACUACAAAAUGUUCUCUUUACGACAGUGUUUCACUGGUAUAUAUGUAUAUGCAUACUUAACUGUACAGUCAGUCAAGCCUUGUCAGCGAGGGGAGGCUUAAACCCACAUUUCAUUUUAGAUAUUGUGGCACUAUAAAGGAUUUAAUGUUGAAAAGGUCACUGUGUUCUCAGAAUGGACUGCUUUCACUUGUUGAUAGGUUUAUCGGGCUUGGAGUGUUUUUUUUUUCUUGCAUCUUAUCCCUUACUGCAAAAGAUCUUGAUGCUUAACCAUUGUACCUGCACCAAAAUGUUGCCCUGACUUGUUUUUUUUGUACUUUUAAGAUGCAUAUUUGAUUUUUUUGUCAGAGGACCAGUGCUUUCUACAGCUGAUCCAGCAUUCUAUUUAUCCUACCUGAUCUUUAUCCUUUCAGAUAUUUGGUCAUUACUCUCCCUUGUUAAAAAAAAGAGCUUAUUGAAAGAAAAAGAAAUAAAGCAGUUGUGAUUUCUUAAAUGUACUGUCGAUUCUGUAUUCUCACUUUGUCAUAUUAAAAGCAUCGACUCUUUGUUAAA